UGAUUUUGCAUUUCUGGGAGAGAACUGUAUGUAAACAAUACAGUUCUUUCUCCUGUCAGCUCCUGCACACUGCUUUGUAUGGCUCUGCAUAGCAGUGUGCUUACAGUGUAAAGCACACACAGCCCCAUAGUAAAACAGCACACAGUUAACCCUUUGAUCACCCCACAUGGUAACCCCUUCCUGCUCAGUGUCAUUAGUACAGUGUCAGUGCUUUUUAUUAGCACUGAUCACUGUAUUGGUGUCACUGGGGAUGUCAUUGACACCAAGUCAGUUCCCACCAGUGUCAGAAUGCCAGCCGCAGUUCUGCUAU